AUGGCUCUCGAUCAGUACACCUACAUCUUCGCCAUCGGCACUCUGUUUGCCAUGCUCGAUGCCUUCAACAAUGGUGCCAAUGAUGUCGCAAACUCCUGGGCUACCAGUGUCUCGUCGAGAUCUAUCUCGUACAGACAGGCCAUGAUAUUCGGUACCGUAUUCGAAAUGCUCGGAGCUAUCACGGUCGGUGCCCGCACGGCCGAUACCAUUAAGAACGGUAUCAUCCCCUAUACAGCUUUCGGUGGAAACGCCGGUGUUCAGAUGCUCGCUUUCACUUGUGCUUUGGCUGCCGCUUCAACUUGGGUUAUGUGGUGUACGCGACACUCGGCCCACGUAUCAUCCACCUACUCUCUUAUCUCCGCUGUUGCCGGCGUUGGUGUCGCAACCGUCGGCGCCUCGCAAGUCCAAUGGGGUUGGAACAACGGUAAGGGUCUUGGCGCUAUCUUUGCCGGUCUUGGAAUGGCUCCCGUCAUCGCCGGAGGCUUCGGUGCCGCAUUCUUCAUGCUCAUCAAGCUCGUCGUUCAUAUUCGCAAGAACCCGAUUCCCUGGGCUGUCUACUCCUCGCCUUUCUUCUUUCUCGUUGCUGCCACCGUCUGCACUCUGUCCAUCGUGUACAAGGGCUCUCCCAGUCUCAACUUGAACAAGAAGCCCGGUUGGUAUGUAGCUGCCGUCACUAUGGGUUGUGGCGGUGGUGUCGCCAUCCUCUCGGCUCUCUUUUUCGUCCCCUUCGUACACGCAAAGGUUAUCAGGCGAGACCACUCCGUCAAAUGGUGGAUGUUUAUUCAGGGUCCUCUCCUCUUCAAGCGCCCGAUUCCCGAGAAUUCCGAGGUUGCCAACAUUCCUAACUACGCCGUCAUCCAAGACGAGGAAGAGGAACACGCUUCCACCCGUUCCGAAUCAAUCUCUGAUCACCCGGCUACUUCGAGCUCUAACGAGGAGAACGAGAAGAGACUCGCCACAAUCGAGGCCAAGCAAACUACGUACAAGGAAAUCGUUGCGCAGGGUGAGAACAAGCUAAACGAGAAGCUCCUCAACAGCCGUGGUCCUAUGGGCUGGGCUAUGCGCACGCUCCGCGACAACCCCAUGGGUGCUGGCGAGAUUUACGAACUCCACAACAUGAAGAUCCUCAUGAAGCGUAUUCCCGCAGUCGUCACCAGUGGCCUGCUCUAUGGUCUCCACUACGAUAUCCACGCCGCGCAGUCCGGUAUCUCCGGCACUCCUGAGGGUAAGCGCAUGCAGCGCGUCUACGCCCACGCGGAGAAAUACCCUAACGAAGUCGAACACACAUAUUCUUUCAUUCAGGUCCUGACUGCCUGUACUGCCUCGUUCGCUCACGGUGCUAACGAUAUUGGAAACUCUGUUGGACCCUGGGCCGUCAUCUACUCCGCGUGGAAGACCGGUAAGGCUUCCGAGUCUACUGCUCAGGUCCCCAUUUGGCAACUCGCUGUCCUGUCUGCGAUGAUCUCCAUCGGCCUUAUCACGUAUGGCUAUAACAUCAUGAAGGUCAUGGGCAACAAGAUCACCUAUCACUCUCCUAGCCGAGGUUGCUCUAUGGAGAUGGGUGCCGCCAUCACGGUGCUUGUAUUCUCUCAGUACUCUCUUCCCGUAUCUACAUCGAUGUGCAUCACGGGCGCUACCGUUGGCGUCGGUCUCUGCAACGGCACCAUAAAGGCUGUGAACUUCCAACGUGUCGGUCUUUUGCUCUUAUCGUGGAUCGCCACGAUUCCCAUCGCCGGUACCCUCGGCGGCGUACUCAUGGGUCUGUUUAUUAAUGCGCCUCACUUCCUCACAUCGGCAUAA